GCGGGAUCGGGUCCGGUUUAAUCUCGGGCUCCGCCGGAUUACGGUCGCAGGAUAGUCUCUAAUCCGCGGCACCGGCCACCGGGGGCUGCUCGCCCCAGCCCGCAGCAGAGGCACGGCGGAGAGGGGGCAGAGCCUGAGCAGAGCCCAUAGCAAGCCCAGCUGUCUCCCAGCCAUGGAUACCACGGACGUUCCCCUGCAGGCCGAGAUGGUGGAGCUGGUGCCCAACGGGAAGCACGCGGCCGCACUCACCGCCUCCACUGUCCCCUCACUGGCGGGUGACAGAUUUGAAGAGAACCAGACUGGCGUGGCAGAGAUGGAGGAGUUCCUGCCCCAUGGUGCAGAGAAGAAGCAGACACACUUCACUGAUUUUGAAGGGAAGACGUCUUUCGGGAUGUCGGUCUUCAACCUGAGCAAUGCCAUCAUGGGCAGCGGCAUCCUGGGGCUGGCCUAUGCCAUGGCCAACACCGGCAUCAUCCUCUUCCUCUUCCUCCUCACAGCAGUGGCCCUGCUCUCCAGCUACUCCAUCCACCUGCUGCUCAAGUCCUCGGGCAUUGUGGGCAUCCGUGCCUAUGAGCAGCUGGGCUACCGAGCCUUCGGCACGCCGGGGAAGCUGGCAGCAGCCAUCGCCAUCACGCUGCAGAACAUCGGGGCCAUGUCCAGCUACCUGUACAUUGUCAAAUCUGAAGUGCCUCUGGUCAUCCAGACCUUCCUGAACCUGGAGGAGAAGACCACGGACUGGUACAUGAAUGGGAACUACCUGGUGAUCCUGGUUUCUGUCACCAUUAUCCUGCCCCUGGCGCUCAUGAAGCAGCUGGGCUACCUUGGCUAUGCCAGCGGCUUCUCCCUCAGCUGUAUGGUCUUCUUCCUGAUCUCGGUCAUCUACAAGAAGUUCCAGAUCCCCUGCCCACUUCCAGAGCAGGAGGGGAACAUCACGGGCAUCCUCAAUGUCACCACUGUCAGCACCAGCGACUACCAGAAUGGCUACACAGUCCUCCAGGCUCCCGAGCAGGACACUUGCACACCCAGCUUCUUUACCCUGAACUCACAGACAGCCUACACCAUCCCCAUCAUGGCCUUCGCCUUCGUCUGCCACCCCGAGGUGCUGCCCAUCUACACCGAGCUGAAGGACCCCUCCAAGAAGAAGAUGCAGUGCAUCUCCAACAUCUCCAUCAUGGUCAUGUACCUCAUGUACUUCUUGGCUGCCCUCUUUGGCUACCUCACGUUUUACGACCGUGUGGAGUCAGAGCUGCUGCACACGUACAACAAGGUGGAUCCCUUUGAUGUGCUCAUCCUGUGUGUGCGUGUGGCUGUGCUGACGGCUGUCACCCUCACCGUCCCCAUCGUCCUCUUCCCGGUGCGUCGGGCCAUCCAGCAGAUGCUGUUCCAAGGGAAAGACUUCAGCUGGAUCCGCCACAUCGCCAUUGCUGUCAUCCUGCUGACCUUCAUCAACCUCCUCGUUAUCUUUGCCCCCUCCAUUCUCGGCAUCUUUGGCUUGAUUGGUGCCACCUCUGCUCCCUGCCUCAUCUUCAUCUUCCCUGCCAUCUUCUACAUCCGCAUCAUGCCCAAGGACAAGGAGCCGCUGCGCUCCACCCCCAAAAUAUUGGCUGCCUGCUUUGCCCUUCUCGGAGUGGUCUUCAUGAUCAUGAGCUUGAGCUUCAUCAUCAUCGACUGGGCCACGGGUGGGGGGAAGAGCGGCGGCAGCCACUAGCCACUGCCGGUGCCCAAGCCAACCUCACCCCCGCCCGCCCGGUGCCCAGGGAGAGCCCACCCUGGGCUCAGCCCCCAUGCUGCAGCCCCACCAGGACUCCCUGGGGACUUCUGCUGUUGCUGCCCGUCACCUGUGGUGAUGGUGAGAGGGCAUGAGCUAUGGCAGGCAUGGAGACUCCUCGACCUGUGUCCGGGAUGGGGCAGUGAGCCCGGGGCAGGUCCUGUGCCCUCCAGCCACUCCAGCGGGCACCUUCCCUGCUCUGCGCCUCAGUUUCCCCAUCUGUAAAAUGGGGAGAAUAAUACUGCCCUACCUCACCCGGAGCUGGCUGUCAGGUGGACCUCUUGUGCACCCCAAGAGCCACCAGCAGCAGCAGGCGCUGCCAGGGGCGCAGGGCACUGCCUGCCGUGGGGACCAAGGCUGGGCACUUCCCUGGCCUCCCCCAGAUAGCAUCAAGAGCCUGAUGAACAGUGUCCGUGGGGGCUGGAAUCCAGCGGGGCGGUCGGACCUGUGACAGCACCUGUGCCCAAGCCUCUUGCCCUCUCCCCUGCCAUCCCCCAUCCCCAGAGACAUGCCACCCGCUGUCCUGGCAUUGCAGGGGCACCCCGGUCCCUGUGGACAGGCGUGGCCCUCAUGCUAUGGCUGGUGGUGCUCAGCCUGCUGCUCCUGAGCCUGAGGGGAACUGUUGGCUCCGGGUGCCUGCGGAUGGGACCCUGCUGACCCCUGGGCCAUGUACGGGGGGGACCAGCUGCAUUGCUCCAGGGAGGUGGCACACACGCCAUGGGCUUUGCAUCCAUGCUGCCGCUGGGCUGCUGGGGCCUGGUGCACCCAGGGGGCAUGAGGGGGAUUUGGGGGCGGGCUGGGGGCAGCACUCACUGGGGGCAAGCUCGGGGCUCUGGAGGCACCCUGUCUGCAUGCCCAGAUGCCAGGGUGAUGGGUACCCCAGCAACCCAAGCUGUCCCUGCUUGCCCUGUACCCUGGGCUAUCCACCCAUCCAUCCAUGCCGCUGGGAUCAUCUAUCCAAACCAUGCCAAAACCCGGAGAGCGGCUCUCUCACCCCCUAGCUCCCCUCCCAGUAUGGGGGGCAGCCCGGCAGGGUGGGCAGCACAGGGCUGGGGGGGUCUGUCCUGCGGCAAAGUACAUAAGAGACGUAUUUUUUUAUGAGGUGGUGGAGGCUGGGAUGCUUUUUAUAAAUACUGUACAUAAGAGUAGAUCUUUUUUAACGUGUUGUGUUGCUCUGGGUAGCUCUGUAUAAUGUACAUAUCAUGUGGGGGGGCGCUGGACUCUCACCAUGUGCAGCGUGGCCCCACUGUUCCUGUCACCAGCCUGGCUGCCCCAGGGCCACCCUGACACCUGUAAAUUAUUGCUGGGGCUGAUGCUGGCGGUGGCAGGAGGCCCGAGGUGAGAAUAAAGAUGAGAAUGUGCCCAGGUCUCGGGCAUCACUGGGGUGGGUGAGGUGUUGGCAUGCAGGCUGGCACCUCACACAGGCAUCCUGAGGUGGCACGGACAGACGGACACAAGCCACACGGGUGCACAGACGUGUGUGAGGACAGCAGGGAUAUAUGGACAUGGAUGUACAGCAUAGGUGCACACGGAUGAACAGCACGACAGACAGCAUGGACAUACAGCAGGACAGCACAGACACACGGACAUGGAUGUGCAGGGACCCCUGUGGGAGUUAGACCCUGGGGAAAUUGGAUUGUGAGGGAGUGGGAUCCCUGGGGAGCAGGACACCUGUGAGAGCAGGAUCCCCAGGACAACAGAACACGAGUGGGAGCACAGCCCUGGGGAGUGGGACUCCUGAGGAGUGGGAUACAUAGGAGCAGGAGCCCAGCAAGUGCCACGGCAGUGCUGGAGAGUGCUGGAGCUGCUGUGGAAGCAGGGCUCCAGGGAAGCGGUGCUGGGGCAUCUCGUGCGUGGUGCCAGGGCAGUGGGUGCCCCCAGUGCCCUCAGGGCCAGCCCCCAGCCCUUGCCCAUGGCACAGUGUGGAGUGGGGGUGAGCCCCCCCGGCCCUGGCCCCUCGCUCCCUCAGCUGGCCCCAGCUCUGGGCUCAGUGCCAGCUCGUUAGCAAAGCCUUAUUAGCUCGGCAGCCCGCUCCCACGGGAACAGCCCUGCUCCCCCACAGCAGGCCCACGGGCACAGGCCUGCAGACCCCACGGGAGAUGCUGUACCCUUCCCCUGGCAUUCUGAGUGGAGAGCAUCCCUGGCUGCCCUCAUCCUGCUCAGCUGGUGCCGCUGGGGUGUGUGGAGAGGCUGCAGGGCCUGGGCAGACAUGAGGCAAUGCUGUGGGGCUGGCAUGGAGUGAGGGUGGCCACCUGGGCACGGACCAGCCGCCUGGGUCAGUGGGCACACCUGGCCCCCUCCUCAGGACCUGUAGGGAGUUCUGGUUCCUCAGGGAGCAGCCCUGGGAGAUGGGGGACAGGGCAAGUGCCUGAGGGAGCCCCUGUUCUGGGAGAAACCUGGAGAUGCCCCAUCCUGCCCACUCCCAUCCUGACCCAUCCCCUGUCACAGGCACCCCCAGCCCCAGAACUUGCCAAGGAGCUCCUUCCCCUGCGGCAGGAGACCCUGAGGAGUGAGAGAUGCUCAAGCUCUGAGCCACCACCCUGUGACACCGAGACUCCACAGAAGGCAGCCCUGAAACACAGCAUCACCGAAACCACCGUUCCCAGGGCUGCACCCACUGCUCUGCACCCAAAGGGCCCCAAAACGCA